CUUCCUCCUCAUCCUCCAUUUUUCUCUCUAUAAGUACACUCUUUCUCACUUCCUUCUCAAACCAAAACAACCCCAAAAACACAAAAAAAAGAAAAAGAAAAAUUGGUUCCAUCUCUACGUUUCGUUCCUGGGUUUUACAAUAUUGUUCCAAAAAAGAAAGCUGAUUCCAUAAUCAUGGGUUUUCUUCACAAGCUCUGGGACGAAACGCUGGCCGGCCCUGCUCCGGAGUCCGGCCUCGGAAAACUUCGCAAGUACGAUUCCUUCCCUGCCUCCUCCUCCGCCUCUCCGAUCUUGCCGCCGCCUACCAUUACUCGCAGCAUCACCAUUGUUCGCACCAGCUCCGAUUCCCGUUGUUUCUCCUCCGAUCCCGCCUCUUUCCCGGACUCGCCCUCCGGCCCCACUACCCCUCGCACGCCUUCUACACCGGGGACUCCAGCAGGUGAUUUCAAGAAAUUCACGAGGAGAAAAUCGCCAACUCAAGCAGGACGACCUGAGUCUACAAGUCCGAACAUUUCCGAUUGGGUAAUUAUGAGUGCUUUCGAUCGUUGAAGGAGUAAAGCAAGAGACUUUGACUCGGAAAAUAUCAGGCAGAUGGAUUCGUUUUGUACACGGAAGAGAGAUUCCAAGGGAAACAUCGUUUUGUGUUUGUGUAUGUGUGCUUGUGUAUAUAACGAGUAGUAGAUUAGUAGCUUCCUACAAUAACAUGGUUCCUCAGAUCAUGAAGAAGGAGCCAGUUCUUCUUGGGAUCCUGGAGAUGGAAAGUACUGUCUCGGACCUGAGUUUGACUUGUUCUUCUCUUCUUCUUCUUCUUUUUUUUUUUAACUUAUUUUUCGAUUUCCCUUCUCUCUCCUUAUAUACAAUAACACAUAUAUGUAUGUACGUAUGUAUUUCUAAGGCUCACUUCAAGGGUUUUGAUUGUGUGUA